CCCUGCGUUUGCAGCUUUCACUCCCUCCUCGCACGCUUCAGUCUGGAUGUGCUGCCGCCCGCACUAAGGUCGAUGUCUGGCAGUAGUCAUGUCGCCGACCCGUCAUCGCCGAUGAGCUGCCCCCAAUCCCGCAGCCAGCGCCCCAGACCGCGCUCCUUACCAUGUCCUCGAAUAUCCGCGUGUUCGUGCAAUGGAAGAACCCCACCGUAUUCGCGGGCGAGGACAUUGAAUGCACGAUAACAUUCAGGAAUGUGGCGCCUCCAGAAGGACGCGAGCGGUCGCCAGCUCGCAAACAGAAUGGAUUCGCACCCGGCGGAGAGCGACAGCGCAAGCUGCCUCCAGUCCACUCUUCGACCCGACCCUCCAUGUCCCGCAAUUCCUCCUUUGCAUCGCAAGCGCCUCCAGCCCAUCUCCGUGGCCAUCGGCCCGCGUUGUCGCUGCACACUCCGUCCUCUCUUGGGGAGCGUCGAUCUCCGCUUCCUCCCAGCGGAGCAUUCAGUAGUGGAAGCGCAACACCUGGUCACAAGAACGGACACGGGAGGUCGCUAUCGAUAAUAUCCUUAGGGACGGAUGCGGCUACUGAAGUUAGCCAUGAUAGACCGGCUUCGUCACGGCGGCCGAUGCGAGCGCAUGGCAGGUCAGCAAGUCUACAGGUCUUGCCCGGCAGGCCGAGUCCGUUUUCAGUUAGCUCGCCAGGCCACCGGUCGGCGACCCAUCCCUACCACUCUCCGCUUAUGGGCGGCGCCUCUUCCCCGCCCAUCAUACAUGAGCCCGCACACGAAUUUCCAUUACCUACACGGCCGGCUCGGAGGAAACCGGGCGUCGCCACUGCACCGAACACUCCAGCUCUCCUUUCCACAUCUCGAAAAGCGUCUGGCUCUUUCUCUCAAAACUUCAAGUUCCCCGCUGCUCCCCUACCAAGCGACCCUUCGCCCGAUCUCCUGACCAAGGACAACAAGACCGGUAAUCCGCGUAUGCGCUCACCUUCGGUGCGUGGUCCGUCGCCUCGACCCCCUGAAGACCUUUCGCCAAAUCCGAAUAUCGAGACGUUGUCUCCUGUGGCUCGAAUAUUAUCUGGAUCGAGCUUAAAUGGAACCCCUAGAAGCAGUGGAGAGUUUUAUUCCAUGAGCAACAAUUCAAGCGAGACGCUAGCCUCGGAAUACAUUGCGCAACCGACCGCCCGACUUCUCCCAAAGGCGGUGCAUCAGCGAGGGUCCUCUCUAGCCCCGCCCGGUCAGCACAGAUACCCUGAAUCUCUCAUGAUGGGCUACGCUCAAGUGAUGGGAUCCUUCACUCUGGAUGGCUCGCUGAUCAAUCAGGCGCCCUUUGAAGAGGUCAAAAGAAAAGGCGUCGUUGGCGGGCAAGGUGGAGGUGGCGUUGUCGGUGUUGAAAGAGCCAAGCGGGACAGCGGUCUGUUCGGCGCAUUAGGGUGGUCGAAUAUUGGAGAAUCUCUCGGAGGCUUGCUAGGCUCAUCAGAACCGUCCAGCAUCAGGGAGAUGAGGGGAAUCGCGAGCUCUAAGAUAGUGCCAUUGAUUACUACGCCGCAGUCGAUCUUGUUCGUCGAUCUCCAGCUAGCUCCGGGAGAAAGUCGGAGCUACACCUACAGCUUUACGUUACCUCGAGGUCUACCUCCCACGCACAAGGGACGCUCCAUGAAAGUCGCCUACCACCUAACUAUCGGCACUCAGCGGCCAGGGUCUUCUAGAGAUCAACAAGUCAAGCAGGUCGAUAUCCCUUUCCGGGUGUUUGGCAGCGUGAAUAGCCGAGGAGAAAUACUUGGACAUGACCUGAUGUCCCCGUACAUCAUUCUUCGCGAUCAAGCACGAACCUCGAGCGUCGACGCCCAGGCGAGCGUCCCAAGUGGCUCUUCAGCUAAGAAAAGCGUGGCAAACAUUCAGACGGAUACAGCGGCGUUCAAUGACUUCCUUGAAUAUGUCGACAACCUCCUCGAUAGGCCGAGGCAAAAUUCUAGCAUGGGGCUGCUAUCCCCCACGGAAACCAUACCAGGGCGCUCUUCUGUGGCUGAAGAACCGCACAAUAUGAAAGAAGCUAUCGAUCUCGCAAUCUUACGCAGCAACCUGACCGGUGCCACCAACCAGAGCGCCAAUCGAUUCGAGAUUGCUCGCAGCGGCCGACGUGUUGCUGUGAUAAUGCUCGCUCGCCCCGCUUACAGGCUGGGCGAAACAAUGUCUGCCGUGAUAGACUUCACCAACUCAGAUAUCCCGUCCUACUCGGUCCAUGUGUCGCUAGAAUCUUCGGAAAAAGUAGAUCCAGCGAUAGCACUUCGAUCGAAUGCUUCGAUAUACCGUGUCACCCGCAAAGUGCAUGCAUCGUUUUCCGAGAACGCACUGUUCGCGCAAAGAUUAUCCUUUUCGCCGACCAUACCUCCAAACGCGACCCCUGAAUUUAUCACUAGCGGAGUAAGCCUAGAGUGGAAGCUGCGGGUGGAGUUUAUAACGCCGAGACUUAUGCACGAGGACGGUGAAGAAGCGUACUGGGACGACUUGCUUGAAGAAAUAUCGAGCGAUGACAGGGGUAUAAUCUUAGCGGCGGUAGAACGGUUACCGGCUGAGAGUUUUGAGGUGCAGGUACCAGUGAGGGUGUAUGGUGCUGUUAGUGGGGGAAGCGAAGCGGAGGACGAGGAAGGCCUGCCCGUAUGAGAACAACAGGGACUAGCAUCAUCGCUUCCUGUAUACGACUAGCGACAGAUCCCGUAGCGCAGCGAGCAGCCGGCGUGCACCGCACAGUAUUAAUACCGAUCCCCAGAGCCCACUCUAAUGACGGGCGGAGGACUUUGGAUCUGUACAUCUUGGAGAGCAGGGUCAGCCUCGGCGCCGUAGAGUUGUGUUGUAGCGUGGCUGCACUGGGCUUGAUUUGGCUGAGAUUUGUAGUAUACCAGGUUCUACAUUGAACAAACCUCCUUUACGACUUCCAUCCUUUCUCUAUGCUAACUUUUACUUUGUUCUUGACAGGCUACUCAAAACUCGAUCGCAGUAUGGUUUGGUAUUGCCUACAGCUGGGUAUCGAACCAAGGAGAAGGAAGUCUUAGGGGUUGGAAGAGGGACGAGGCAAAUUGGGC